AAAACUUGCUGACACAUUGCUGAAACCAAGCUGGCACACGGGAAAAACAUGUGACAGAAAUCUUAUGAGCGUAUUUCCUCCACUUGUUUGUCUCUGUUCAGAAUUCCCGUCGUGAUCGAUACGGAAAGAUUGUCUCUUGGAGGAACGAUUAUGGGAGCAAUUUCGAGGACUGCAUUUAGUGCUGUCUUUUUCCUCUCAUUGCUGUUGAUUCACGUUGCAUCGCGACCUCAUGUAAACAGCAACGCAGCUGCUGUUAAAACUGAUGCGCCCAUCAUAGGUUCGGUUGUUUAAAUCGUUUUCAGAAUGUUUAUUUCAUUUUCUGUGUUAUUGUAUGUUUUGUUUCCCUUCUGGGCGUUAGUGAAAUCUCAUGUUCAUCCUUCAGGAAUUUUAGCCCAGGAUUCAGAUGGCUACGUUAAAGAGAAAUUUGGGCCAACAUAUAUUGUCGCUUCAUACAUCAAGUACAUAGAGUCCGCCGGUGGCAGAGUUGUUCCGAUUCGGUAUCCUUUGUUAUGGCAUACACUGUUUUCUUUGUUGUAGUUGAUUUAUUCAAGUACAAACUCUGCUCUAAAGCAUGGAUUUGCGAUCUUUAGCUGAGUCAAUUCUAAUCGUAUAAUCUGCAAAGGGUAUAUCGUAGCUGCGAACAAGGUCUCCUACUUUAGUACUUAGGGAUGGACCAUUUGAUUUUUGAUGGGGGGGUUGUGCAAAUCCCAAAAAAAAUAUCGAGCAUAUGUUUCUGGUUAAAAAAAAAUUUCUUGCAGAAUUCUUAAGAAGGAAAAAAAACUCGAGCAGCCUUAACCUGGGCGUGGCAAAGGAUUUUGCGUGAUGCGUGACGGCCCCAAAAGUAGCUGUGAGUCACAUGAUACAGGACUGGGCAUCACAUUUUUUGAUGCGUGAAUUAGUAUUUUGCAAGCGCGACGCAUGAUUUACCAAUUAGAUUUCCUAUUAAAGUGAACCCUCUGAUCUAGAAGGAUAUUAUGAUUCGAAGAUAUUCAUGCAUUCAGAUUCCCACCCUAACAGUUGUCACGUGCAGGUAUUUUUGUAACAAAAAAUAAGAUUUACUUUAUAGAAAAGGAAAUGGGACAAACAAGAGUCAAGGCAGGCCACAUUGAAUUGGUGCAGGGUUCAAAAUAUACAAAGAAUGUGAAACAGAUGCGGUGGAUAUGUGCACGAGACAAAAGGGCAGUGGGAACGGAACUGUCCUGGUACUGGCCUUCAAAAAGGACCAUUGACAACACCUGCAGGUUAUAUCCCCUCCAGCUGCCUCUACGUCCACUCGAAAUUCGUCUAAACUGGUAAAAUCUACAGUAAGGUCCCCAUUUCUUGAACCCUCCUUUUUUUUUAAACUCUAGAUAACUCCAAAUACUAAAUGCGUAUAUUGAGAAGCCAGAUUACUGUGCAAUUUCUCCUUCUUUGAAGUCCCUCUCUCUUGCUUUGAAAGCAAAAAACAGGAUUCAAAUAAGAUGGAAUUUCCAGCUCGCCCUUUGGACAAGUUGGAACCAUUACACGCAAGUUUGAAAGCUUUUCUCAGUAGCAUUACUUAAUUAGAAAGAAAAAAACGUUCACUUGUUCAGUGGGCAAGUGAUCUGUUGGGCAAGUACAGAGAGUGAUGCAUAUAACAUCCACUAGCCUGACAGGGAAAUCAACUAGCCGCAGGUUAGUGGAGAUGCAUUUCUUUGUACACUGAAUAAAGAUGAAACUCUUUAUUACUUUGAAAGAAAGAUGUAAACUUAAAAAUGCAUUGCGUGUAAAGGUGGUUUUUAAUAGCCUAAAGGGUGAAUUUUGAGUGGCUGGUGAUGGUCAAGUUUUUAAUAUUAAACUUCAAAAUUUGUGUUUUAAAUUUCCAUUAAAAAAAAUAUCAUGCAAGGACAGGGAGAUUAAAAAAAAAUCCUGCAGGGCUGGAGCAAUAAAAAAAAAUAUCUAGCAGUCUAAAAAUCCUGCAACCCCCCCAUCAAAAAUCAAAUGGUCCACCCCUUAGGUGAGCGAAGCAAGUCUAAACGAAAAUGCGCGAGCGAGGGGCUUGCCCGCGCGUUCUCGCGAGACUCACUUUGCUCGUCCAAAGAGGAGAGCUUGCUCGCAGGCUAGGUAUAUACAAUUAUGGUGACAGCAUUAAGUUAAAAAAAAGAAAAAGCGUCAGCGUUUUUUACAGAUGGCACAUGACGGCCAUUUUGAAAGCCUCUACUGACUGCUUAUCAAUGACACCAUUUGGUAAGGAGUUCCAGUCUCUGAUUGUAAGUAAGUAAUAGCAGGGGCGGAUCUAGGGGGAGGGUGCAGGGGGUGCGCACCCCCCCCUGAGAUGACCUGCAGUUUUCUAAUACAACUGGUAUUCUGCAAAAAAAAAAAAAAUUGGUUUUUUGGUGUUGAAGUCAACAGCAAGAGACGAGUGCACCCCCUCCUGAAAGAAAUCCUGGAUCCGCCCCUGAAUAGGUAUUUAAGUAACUUUAUUUAAUCAGGGUAGCCCGUCAAGAAAUAAAAAUGUAUCUAUUAUUGUAUGUGCAAUAAA